GGAGGCCCCUUGCUGCCAAAAGCAAACAGGCCGCCAGGGAAGUUUUGCUCUGGGUCACACCCACCUCUGGGUGGCUGCCAAUCCUCCUGCCAGAAACCACAGGCCCUACAAAGCUGCCCAGAGACCAGGCCACGGGGCUUGGUGAAGGGGUGUCUGCCCAGUACUUCCUGGAUCCACAGUUCCCUGGGGUCGGGCCGGGGGUCUGGGCAGGGCUGCAGCAGCUAUAGCAGUGGCUUGGUAAGGCCCUUUUGGGCUGGGAGGAGCUACAGAGGCCCCUGCCAGCCUGUCACAGGCUCUUGGCGUUGACACUGGCUCUGGCUUUCACACACACACACACCCACCCUUGGCGGCCUCCAGGGUCUCACCUUCAGGCUUCCAGGUCCUGCCUCCCAGGCUCAAAGCUAGCUCCGUGGGGGACACAGUGACAUGAGAGGCACACCACAGACUCACCUCCUGGUCUUCUCCCUCCUCUACCUCCUCUCAAAGGUGUAUGCCCAGCUGUGCCCAACACCGUGUGCCUGCCCCUGGCCACCACCCCGAUGCCCACCGGGGGUGCCCCUGGUGCUGGAUGGCUGCAACUGCUGCCGGGUAUGUGCACGGAGGCUCGGGGAGCCCUGCGACCAUCUCCACGUCUGUGACCCCAGCCAGGGCCUGGUCUGCCAGCUCGGGGCGGGCCCUGGAGGCCGGGGGGCCGUGUGCCUCUGGGGAGGGGAUGAUGGGAGCUGUGAGGUGAACGGGCGCCAGUACCGUGAUGGGGAGAUCUUCCAGCCCCACUGCAGGAUUCGCUGCCGCUGUGAGGACGGCGGCUUCACCUGUGUGCCACUGUGCAGCGAGGACGUCCGGCUGCCCAGCUGGGACUGUCCCUACCCCAGGAGGGUCGAGGUCCCGGGCAAGUGCUGCCCUGAGUGGGUGUGCGACCGAGCCGGGGGCCUGGGGGUUCAGCCUCUUCCAGCCCAAGGACUCCAGGCUUCUGGCCUUGUUGCUCCCCCAGCCCCUGGGCUAUCCUGUCCAGAAUGGAGCACAGCCUGGGGACCCUGCUCAACCACCUGUGGGCUGGGCGUGACCACUCGUGUGUCCAACCAGAACUAUUUCUGCCGACUGGAGACCCAGCGCCGCCUGUGCCUGCUUGGGCCCUGCCCACCUGCCUGGGGCUGAAGCCCACUAAACAGUGCCUUUGAUUGCCGAACCUGGGAUGGAGGCUCAGUGCCUACCCACCUGAGCUACAGGCAACAAUGCAGCUCAGGUCCCCCAUCUAGGCCCUGGAGGACAAGAAUGUUCACAAGCCACCUGGUCCAUCUGGACCCCGAGAUACAGUGGGGAGGGAUGCGUGUCCUAGUACCUUGACCUCUACCUCCCUGCCUGGGAGGCUGGCCAGGUUUUCAGAAUCUUCUGGUCCAUUCCCAGUGCACAGACUAGUUUUAUGGAGAUGGGGCAACCUUCUCUCCUUAACCAUUAGGCUCAGGCAAGCGUUGGGCUGGACUUUUUUCCUGGGGGUAUGGUGAAGAGGGGCACAAAUCUUCUCAAUCUCCUACAGCCUUUCCUGGGGUGAAAUAAGAACAUCCCUAGAUAUGUGCCGAUGCAUGAACUUGUGUGUCAGGCUUGUACCAUCUGAGAAUGCCCUCCCCAUCCUGGACAGGAUUCAGGGGCUGAAUGCUUUGUGAAAAUCACAAGAUAAAAUCGUGCUGUCCUGAAGAACAUCAGAAAAUAGGCCUUGGAGUGAUCCGUUAAAUCCAACUUGUAUUAGUAAGAAUUAACUUUUCUUGAGCAUCUGCCAUGUGCCAGGCACUGAGGUAGACACUUUAUAUAGAUCAGUGCUUUGCAAUAUUUUUGACUCGAGAAAAGCAGGGGAGAAUAUCCUCCGGGAACUGGGAAACGUGGCCUGAAAUAAACCGACCCAAGUGUGAGA